CCCCAUUUUCAAAAAACACUCCCUUACCGGUUAAAAUGAGUUAUAACCGGCUAAGUAAACACGUGCAACGCACGUGUAUUACUAAGUAUAAAUUAAACUCAUCCCUCUUAUCUUCUUCGUCGUCCACCGAAAUGAAAGGAGUACAGAGUCAAGAAAAUACAACGGUGAACUCUUCUUCCUCUCAUCUUUUCAACCGCGACCCAAGAAAUCAACCAGCGGGAUACGAUGGCGAAAUGAGUUCGAUUUAUGGGUCAUCUUCAUGGGGUAGAAGGACCGAAAGCACUGGUUUUUCAAAUCAGUGCUACCACAGACUAUUUUGUGGACCUAGAAUGGUGAAAAACGGGCCAAAUACUGGGAGACAAUUUUAUGAGUGUGCAUUAUGGCCUAAAGAAGAUUGUCAUUAUUUUCAAUGGGUUGAUGAAGGAAAUCGUCCUUGCAAAGAAGACAACAGAAAUGAUAAGGAAAUGUUGUUGGAGCAUCUUUUUAGCAGCAAAAAUGAAGGACAAAAAGCAUUAGAGGAGAAGAUUGUUAGGUUGAAAUUGAAGAAAAAGAUGGUGGAAGCUAAAAAUCAGGAAAUGCAGCUACUCAUUACCAAAAAUUUGAAGUCCCAAAGAAUGACAUUCAUUGCUAUUGUUGCAUGUUGGAUCUGGUUUUGCAUUGUGUUAUACUAUAAGUAAUUUGGGGGUGUGGAUGUUUUGAGAGUUCUAGAUAUGUGUAUUAGCUGUAUUAUGAUGUAAUGUGUAGUGGAUGUUUUGAUGGAUUGGUCAUUGGAUAAUACUUCUGAGAGGGAUUAGAGUUUUCUCAGAUAACUUUGUUGCAUUGUAAUGUGUAGUGGUUGUUUUGAUGCAUUUGGUUUUGUUCUGGUGUAAUGUUUAUGUAAUGAAAAUGUGUCAUUGUUUUGACAUGAACUACCUAUUUUAACAUGAAUUGUUUGUACAUGUAAAAGCACACAUACUAAACUGAAC